UUUGACGAUUCGGACAAAGUAUACGCUCUCGUCGAUGAAGCAAUAAGCCAAUACCGGUCAUUGAAGCCCAAGAUAGCCGAGCACAUGUCCGCGGACAAAACCAUCCAAGCGCUCCUCUGUCUCCACGGCACCCUUCCGAUGGUAUUCAAUGGAGCGACUUUCAACAUUCCAAUGGUAUUCUGGUUUCCGCGCCAAUUCCCCUCCCAACCACCCAUGGCGUACGUCACGCCAACGCACACGAUGGUUGUGAAGGUCAGCAAACACGUGGAUGAACGCGGUCGCAUUUAUCAUCCGUAUUUGGCCGCAUGGUCGACAGAGGAAGGCUCGACUUUGCUCGAGCUUUUCGCCAGCCUUAUUUCUGUGUUUUCCGUUGAACCGCCGGUUUAUAGUCGCCCG